CGCUCUCUCUCAUUCGUACGCCUUCGCCUGCGGGGAAAAGUUUCGAGCUUUUUCGCGGUCUCUCGCUCGAUCCCGGAUUGUCCUAAUGGAAAUCGAAGAAAUCGAGGGACUCGUUCAUAGGUGGAAGUACGACGUGUUCGUGAGCUUCAGGGGCGGGGACAUAAGGAAGAAUUUCGCUGCCCACCUCUUCCGCGCGCUGAAGCAGGCGGAGAUCUACUACUUCAGGGACAAUGAAAAAGAGGAGACAGGGAUUCUCAUUGAGGGCAAGCUGCUCGACGCGAUUAGCCAUUCGAGGGUUUCUCUCGUCGUGUUCACUGCCAACUACGCCGACUCGCGGUGGUGCUUGAACGAGCUGGUGGAGAUCCUGGAGUGCAACAGGAGGUUCAGAGAUCGUCGGGGUGAUGUGGUUCUGCCCAUUUUCUACGAUGCUGAGCCAGGCGACGUUCGGAAACAGAGCGGGCAAUUUGGGGAUGGUUUUGAAAGGUGUUUGGCCACCCACACGGACGAUAGGCUGGUGCAGAAGUGGAGGGAUUCGCUUAAAGAAGCUGGGAAUUUGUCAGGAUUGCAUUUGAAUAAUGAUGCUAAUGGGGAUCAAGCGUAUUUCAUCGAGCAAAUUGUAGGACAUCUCUUAAAGAUUAUUCCCAGAACAAGCUCCCCCGAUGCUAUUGGGGUAGAUUCCCUUGUAGAUGAUGUGAUAUCGUUGCUGAAGAUUAGGUCAGAGGAUAAUGUCCGUGUGGUCGGACUAUGGGGAAUGGAAGGAAUUGGUAAGACAAUGGUGGCCCAAGCUGUCUGCAAUCGCAUUUCUAGGGAAUUUGACGGGGUUAGCUUUCUUGAAAAUGUUGGAGUUGCAAACCAAGAUACGCUUUUACUUCUUCAGAAGAGACUUCUCCACGAUGUUCUGAAGGUACAAGAUCCAGAAAUUUAUGAUCUUAACAGCAACAUCAACAAGAUAAAAGCUAAGCUCUGUCGGCAUAGGAUCCUUCUAGUUCUUGAUAACAUCACUGAGAAGAACCAAAUUGAGUAUUUUGGCGCUGGAGAUCGAGAAUGGUUCAAAUAUGGGAGUAGAAUCUUGAUAACUACAAGAGAAGAAUGGCUUCUGAAAGAUCUCAAAGUGGAUGAUAACUACAUGCUCCCUGGACUGGGUUCUGAAGAAUCGCUCCAACUCAUGAGUCUCCACGCCUUUGGCAAGGACCAACCUAAAGAAGGGUAUGGGGAGUUGUUCAAGAGUCUUGUCCACUAUGCAGGUGGUCUGCCAGUGUUUCUUAAGAGAUUUGGUUCCUUUCUUUCUAGUAGGAAAAAACAGUGGCAUGAGAUAUUGGAGAAGUUGGUAAGGGAUCCUCAUCUUGAUUCAAUUUUAGAUCCAUUCUCCUCUCUUCGUCAAUCUGUAGGGCCAUUCGGAGGCCAUGGUGGAGAUUCUUUUGAUGAUCAAACAUACGAUGGUAUAAGAAAUAUAGCGGUUGUCUAUGGAAUAGGGAUCAGCUCCAUUACUAUUGACUAUGUUCAGAAUGGGUGUUUUGUGCGCUCGCCAAGACAUGGUGGAUCUUUGGGAGAGCACACAUAUGAUGUACAUUUAGAUUAUCCAACUGAAUACUUGACUUCGGUGUCAGGCUACACUAGAGAAGAUUCUUGUCAUGUCAUCAACUCUCUUACUUCCACAGCAAUAAGAGGGCACAUGGGCCAAUUGGCGAGGAGAAAGGGAAGUCUUUCAGUUUUCCACAAGUUAAUGGAAAGAUCAUUGGUUUUCAUGGAAGGUGUAGCAUUUUUCUGGAUUCUAUUGGAGCUCAUUUUGGCCCUGUCUUUUAUCCAUAUCCCUUCGAAGUCGUAGGGCCAUUUGGAAAUGGGAAAAACCGAUGGGAUGAUGGCAAGCAUGCAGAUAUCAGACAAAUUAUUGUAGUCUCUGGUUCUGCAAUUGAAUCUGUUAGUUUUACCUAUGGGGAGGGUCCUCCUUUCAGACACGGUACAGCUCAU